CUGUGGAUAUGGUUACAGUCGGGCAGAAGUUGUUGACAUGGCCAGUGAAUAUGCGAUAUUUCUUGGAAAACGGGACAAGGAGCAUCCGUUCACACUUAAGUGGUUCAGGCUGUUUAUGAAACGAUGGCCAGAGCUGAAAGUGUUGAAGCCUCGUGGGCUUGAGAUUCAACGUGCCAAAGCCACCAACAAGGAAUCCGUGUCAGUAUAUUAUACUGAACUGGGCAACAUCAUGGACAAGUAUGAUCUAAAGCAUAAGCCAGAACGGAUAUACAAUGUUGAUGAGAAAGGUUUGUCCACUUCCCAUAAACCCCCUUCAGUGGUUGCAAGCUGCGAAUCUCAGCCACAAGCAGUCACAUCUGGUUCAAGAACCCUCAUCACAGUCAUUGGUUGCGGAAAUGCCAUGGGUAACAGUGUUCCACCAUUCUUUGUAUUUCCAGGGUUACGGAUGAAGUCAGAAUUAUUAGAUGGUGGUGGUCAUGGAGUUGAUGGUACAGUCACUGAGUCCGGGUGGAGUAAUAGUGCUGUGUUCAAAAGGUACCUUGAGCAACACCUGCUAAAAUACUUACCUGAACGUUGUCUGGACAAUCCUGUUCUGAUUCUCUAUGAUGGCCAUAAAUCUCACAUUAAUUUGGGGUUGAUUGAUUGGGCCAAGUCACAGAACAUAAUCCUGUUUGUUCUGCCAGCACACACGAGCCAUGUUUUGCAGUCUCUAGAUGUUGGUUGUUUUGGGCCAUUCGAAAGGAUCUACAGCUCUGUGUGUCACAAGUUCAUGCGCGACAACUGUGGGCAAAGUAUAACACGUUUCAAUGUGUGUGCACUUGGAAGCAAGGCAUAUUCGCAAGCACUGUCACCAAAUAAUUUACAGGCAUCCUUUCGCAGAACUGGCAUCUACCCAUAUGAUCCAAAUGCUAUAGAUUCCUCAGUGUUCAAGCCAUCAGAAGCCCUUCAACAAGAAACCAGUUCUCUUCAAUCAAUCAUCCAACCCUCAGAAACGGAAGUCUCCCAAUUUUUCUGCAAUAAAGAAGCAAACAUCAUAUCCAAGAAACAAGCAACAAAAAAGAGGAAAUACCUAAGUUCAGUGGUCAGUGGAAAGCCAAUUACUGAGGAUGUAAUUAUUCAAAAAAUUCAGGAUCAUGAAGAGGGAAGAAAUAAAAAGACAAAGACCCAGAAGUUGACCGUACAACCUGGACCAUCUGGAACAGUUAAGGCAGUGUCACCUGUCCCUGCUUUACCGGCAGAUGAAUCAUCAGGGGAUGAGGAUGAAACAGAGGUGUGCUGUGUAUGCAGCCUAUUCACACCCAGUGCUGUACGGCAGAGUUCUUCACUGGUCUUUGUGAAAUGGGUGCAGUGUUCUGCGUGUGGACACUGGGUUCAUCUCAUUUAUUGUACUAAACUCCGGGUUGUAAGGAGAGGUGAUAUCUUCAUGUGUCCUCACUGUGUUGGUGAAGAGUAACUUGAACUUGUUGAAAACUUGUUAUAAUUGACAUGAAUAAAAUUCAAUAAAAUUAAAAACCUCAA